AUGUUGGGUAAAUUUAUUUCUGACACAUACAAUAAAGUAAAAAGUAAAGCUGAUGAAGUCAGGUUACAUGUUAGUGCUCAAGCAAUAAAAGCUAAAGAAGUUUUUGGUUUAAUAAAGCCAACAACCAUAGAAGAGUUAGAAGUAUUAUUAAAUUAUGAGUUGCAACAAAUUGAUACAGCUGAAGCAUUAAUAAAUAUAUAUAAAAAAUGGAUAUAUAAUAUAUGCCAAUCUGAAAAAAGCGAUUGUAUAAGAUAUUAUAAAUCUGAGAAUAAGAAUAAUGAAAAAAACUUGUCAUCUCAUGUAAAACAUAACAUUAUUGACAAUGUUAUUGAAAUAAAAAAUGAAAAUAAUGAAAAGAAUACUAUUCAAUUAAAAAAUGAAGGUGAACUAAAAUAUUCUGAUAAGAACAAAUUAAAAAAAGAUAUAAAUACAUACAUAAAUGAAAAUUCAACAAUGACAUUUAAUUCUUCAAACGAUAAUAAUGAUAACUUACAAUUUCAGAAAAAACCAAAUAAUAAUGAAGAUGAGUUUUCAAUAAGUAAAGAAAAAGAAAAUUUGUUAGAAGAAAAAAAAAAUCCUUUAAAAAAAAGUAAUAAUAAUUUUAAAAUUAAUAAUAAUUCGAUACUUGAAAAAAACAAAGAUAAUUUAAUGAAUAAUAUUUACGAUGAUCAUUAUGGAUAUAACUACAAGGAAAUUUUUUUAAAAAGUAAUAUUUUAGAAAAAUCUGUUAGUUUGAUAUUGGAAAAAAGAAAUAUUAGGUUAUCUUUAGUAGGACCAAUAGAAAAAGAAGAUUUAGAAAAUCCUAGAACCACUAUUUUAACGAUGUUUAAACAUUGUUUAAUAGGAAAUGAAAAAUUACAUAAAGACAUUUUAUUUAUUAUAUUAACUACUGAUAAAUUAUUCGAUAACCAUAAAGAAUUAUUUUUAGAGUUAUUAAGUAUUCUUAAAUACGAUUAUUUAGAUAUUUAUUUAACUAAUUUAAGAAAAAUAAUUUCAUCUGAAGUUGUUUGUUUAAAAAAUAGAAUACAGACAUAUGAUUCUCAGAGUAUUAAUUUAAAUAAGUUUAAUUUUAUUAAUAAUUAUACUCCCAAUUCUAGUAAUUCCUAUAUAGAUUUAGAAAAUGAUAUAUAUGAUGCAAAUUCUCUUCAUCAUGAAAAAGUGGAUGAUAAAGAAUAUGAAGAAGAAAAAAAGCAAAACAAUGAAGAGAAUAUAUUUAAUCAAGAGGAAAAAUGUGAAAUGAAUAAAGAAAAAGAAUUCAGAUUAUAUAAAGAAGAUAAAAUUGAAAUUAAUGAAGAAAAAAUAUAUGAACCUUUUGAUGGAGAUGAAAAUAGAAAAAGUUGUAUUGAAAAUUCAAAAGAAGAAAGUAUCUUAGAUUCCCUAUCAAGUGAAAAAGAAAUCAUAGAGAGUAAUAAAAUGCAACAAAUAAAAAUAUUAGCUUCAUCAAAAUUAAUAGAGUUACAUAAAACUGUACAAAAAAUCUUAUUAUUAGCAACCAAAAAUAGGGAAGAAAGAAAAGUUGAAAUUAAAGUUAAGUUAGAAGAAUUAAAAAAAAUAAUGGAUGUUUGUAAAAAAGAUUGUGAAAUAACUCUUAGCGAUGCUGAGGGAUCAAAAACACAUUUAGAAAAUAUUUAUGUUAAGGAAUUAGAUUUACUAAAAAGUAACAUAAAUAAAAAACAAGAAGAAGUAAAUAAAAUGAAAAUCUCUAUUGAUAAAUUAAUAAAAAGAAAAAACGAAUUGUAUAAUGAAUAUGAAUUGGUAUGCAAAGAAAUAAAUUUAAAAAAUAAAGAAUUAUCUAAAGUUAUAUCAACCUUAUCAUUAUAUAAAAAAGAUUUAAAUGAAACAGAAGAUAAUUAUUUAAAUAAACUAUCAAGUACAAGUAAAGAAAAACAUAUGCACCAAGAAAGGAAAUUAUAUAUUUUAAACUUACAUAAUAUAUCUAAUGAAAUUUUAAGCAUAUAUGAAAAAAGUAAUUAUAUAAAUACUGACGAAUUAAUUACAAAGUCUAGUAAAAUUCAAAAACCUUUAAAGCAAGUGAUUAUUCAACACUUAAAUUAUUUAAAAGACAAACUAUUUUUAUUAAACGCUUUAUUAAAAUUUUAUGUAGAAAAGAUUAAACUAUUUUUAGAAAAGAAGAUUCUCGUUAAUAAUUUGCCAAAAAUAAAUACAGAUAUGAAAGAAGAAGAAAUAAUAAAUGAUAGUAAUAGUAAAAAUAAUCAUUCAAUUAAUAUUAACAGUGAAAACUUAACAAAUGAUAUAUAUGAUAAAGAAAAUAAAUUACAAUUUUUGAAAUAUAAAAAAUGUUAUUUUAAGGUUAUUGAGCAAAUAAGCAAAGUAUGGGUAAUUAUACAAGAGUUUUAUAUUCAAAAUAAAAAACAAAUAGAAGAUUCUGAUGAAACAAAAUGUUCUGGAAAGUAUAUUUAUAAUGAAAUUAAUGAAAUUUAUAAUUCUAGUAAAAAAUUUAUAAUGGAAAAUAAUCAAAUUAUAUCAUCUGUUGCUUAA